CGACUCACGAGGAAGCCCAAUCCAAUCCAAGCAAGCAGGCAAUCGGCAGUGCUUCGAGUGAACGUAACGAAUGGAGACGCAUAGCUGUUUUCAGUCCUCACUGUCACCGACCAGGCGUCUCCUUUGGUUUGAGUGAGGAACGCGCGGCCGUGUAACAUUCGCUUGUUGAACGCGAUCGCGGACGGUUGUACUUUCAGUGUGUGUGUUUCUGUCGAGAAAUACAAAAAACAAACAAACAACGCAGCAAAAAAAAGAUCCUUGGAGGUCAAACACGUCCCUCGGUCACUUCUUUUUUUUUGUUGUGGACAGCCACCGGUGCCAUAGUGACCACCCGUAGCGAAUGGAAAAACAAAAUGGAAAACAGCAAUUGUUUCGAGUGAUCCCUGGCGAUGUUUGAACUCUGCUGCUCUGGCGGGAAAUAAACAAACAAAACAAACAAACGGCCGGCCGCUGUUGUAAUUGAAAAAUAAAAGUGCUGAGGGUUUGCAUUUCGGAUUUUGAUUUAAGGCCCGCCGAGUCGAUUGCCACGGGUUUUUUGGGUGCGUGGAACCGUCGACCGGCGAUGAUGGAGUGGAGCGAAUUAUAAUCAGUUCGAUGGUGGUGUUUUUUAUCGCAUAGACGCAGAGGAACCCGGAAGAAUCCAUAAAAAUGAUAUGCUGGUAAGGUGGUUCCCUUUUAUCGGAGCUGCAGUUGGGUUCAGUCGCAGAAAUAAGGAGCUUGAUGCUGAAAGUGAAAUGUGAGGGUUUCAUCACUGAAAAAAGGUAAACGAGAAGAAGAAAUUUUGGAAGAAAAUUGUGAGAAGUGAUAAUAAAAAGUUGCCUCGUUAAAGUGUAAGGUGGCUGUGUGAUCAAUUUACGAAGGCGAACAGUGAAGUGUUCCUACGGUAGGCCAGACGGAAACGGCGAAGCACCGUACGAUAAUUGAAAUCAUACCAACGACGUCGUAGAUCCGGUAACGAGCUAUCCACUUACCGUUUGCCGAUGGGUGGUUUGCUGCAACUCUAUCGUUCCGUGGUGAUGCCUAGUGCCUAGUGCUGCGUAAUCAAAACUAUACUCAUAAACCGUGCCCUCGAACGCUCGUUUCGAAACAACGGCAUCGAAUAACAAACAAUCGGACGGGGCCGGUUGUGCGGCCAGCAGGCGAAUAUCCGCUUCCGAAACGAAACAAGACGAACCGUGAUUGGAGAUGGGUGUAACCUCAUCGUCACGUCAGGACGCUAGCCUGCUCUCGGAUGAAGAUGUGAACUUUGACCAUUUCCAGAUACUGCGGAACAUCGGCAAGGGCAGCUUCGGAAAGGUUUGCAUCGUACAGAAACGGGACAGCGGAGCACUGUUUGCCAUGAAGUACGUCAGCCGGAAUGCCUGCAUCGGACGGGGAGCGCUGGGUGGCGUCCUGAAGGAGGUCGAACUGCUGGCCACGUUGGAACACCCGUUUCUGGUCAAUCUGUGGUUCUCCUUUCAAGAUGAGGAGGACCUGUUUAUGGUGUGCGAUUUGCUGGCCGGGGGAGAUUUGCGCUAUCAUCUGAACCACCAGGUGGAAUUCUCGGAAGCCAGUGUUGCCUUAUUGGUGUGCGAAAUCGGUUCCGUGUUGGACUAUUUGCAGAAGCAACGAGUCGUCCACAGGGAUAUCAAACCGGACAACAUCUUGCUGGAUGAGGAAGGACACGCGCACCUCACCGAUUUCAACAUCGCAACCCGUCUGCCACCGGACGGGCUGGCCUGCAGCAUGUCCGGGACCAAGCCGUACAUGGCGCCGGAGGUUUUCAUGUGUGCCUUAGAGGAGAUCGCCGGAUACAGCUACCCAGUGGACUGGUGGUCGCUAGGAAUUGUCGCCUACGAGAUGCGCUCCGGAAACCGACCGUUCGUGGUGCAUUCCGCCACGCCCCUGGUCGAAGUCAAGAACAUCCUGAACACCCAGCCGCACUUUCCCCGUCACUGGAGCGACAACUUUAUCGAUCUGCUCAGCAAGCUACUCAGCGUCCAACCGGGUCCCCGGAUCAGCAGUCAGCGGGAACUGCAGCAAACGAAGCUGCUACGUGGUACCAGCUUCGAACGGAUACUCGGCAAACAGAGCAAUCCACCGUUCAAGCCUUCCAAGGACCAUUUGAAUUGUGAUCCCAGUCUGGAACUGGAAGAGAUGAUUAUCGAGGCCAAACCGCUCCACAAGAAGAAGAAACGUCUGGCCAAGCAGCGGUCCAUCAACCGUGAUAACCCGAACCAUAGCCAGCAGCAGAAUCAACUGAGUGAGCUGGACAGUGCCCUGCUGAAGCAGUUCCUGGUUUACAACCGGUUCAAGGAGCAAAAGCGAAAAGCUAUGGAACAGAAGGAAACCGACUGGCAGCAGGAACUGGACCAGGCGAUGGCCAGUUCCGAUGUAGAGGGUACCGGUGAACCGAAUGCGAAAGAGAAUAAGCUGACCACGAUUCAGGAGGGUGGAGAUGGCGAAGACUCGACGCCACCCGGAAUCAACGGUAGCAGCCGGGUUAGGAAUCCAGUGCAGACUCAACAGACGGACAGUUUGGAUUACAUCGAUCGGACUCCCUCGCCCAAACCGAGCAUUUAGUAGUGGGUUCGCGUCCGCGUUAGUUGAGUGUCUAUUGUUUCGGGUAAACAAAAUGCGUGUCGGUUGAAACUGUAGAAUGUUUGGUCCUAGCUUCUGCUAUGUUGUUAUUGUUGUUAUGGUACACAUUAUUUAUACUAGACUUUUUUUCACCUGGACUAUUGUAAGUAGAUUUCAGAUUGUUUGACAUAUGAUGCUGUUACUUAGAAUGAUGAGGGCUUAUAGUUUAUUUGCAAAAACGGAAAUUAGAAAGAAUUAUUUAAAAACACGCAUAACUGAGACUGAGUAUAUUAAUAGGUGGAAAACAAAGUGAGUCAAACAAACAAGAAACAAAACAAACAGAAACGCAUUCUAAUCUAAACAAAACUAGGCAAUCAUUGUAUCAAUUCCAAUCUUAGAAACUCGUAGUAAAGUAGACAGUUGUAAUAGCGAACGACUGCCAUCAAGUACAUACACACACACACGAUAAAUACUCUGUAGGCGUACCGUUGUGAGGGUCGUUCAUAUUUUUUACCAUAAAAAAAAAUAUGAUAAAAUCGUAGCUGAGUUCUUUUGAUCGAGUCAAUCUACGUGAUCUGACACAUUGAUUUUUUGAUAGUCUAUAAUAAGAGUAAAAGAAUUCGACCUUCCACAGACUUGAUAAAAUUGAUUGAUUAACAGAAUUGUCAAUAUAAAUACCGCCUCUGUACAUACUUACUCACUAUGGUUCAGAUUUGAAGUACAAUUCAAUUGUUCAGAACGAGUAACAAUGAAAUGAGUAGUAUAGUUUUCUUUAUGAACCUAGCUUUUAGUGUCUUCUUUUUUAGUUCUCUGAUCCAGAUAGAUUAUAGGCGAGGAAUGAAAUUAGAGCUUUAGGGUUGACGUCUCAAAAGAUACUUAUCCUCUCUGUUCUAAAUAAUCAAAUGGAUCUCGAAAAAAAACUACAGGCGGAAGAAAAAAAACAGAAAAGCUCAUGUCAUCUGCCUUAUCUUUUGCCCUAACACAAAUACCAAACUAUCGAAUAACUGAUUUGCUAUAAAAAAACGAUCAAUAAAAACCCAAUUGAACGGAAUCACAAGAUUCCACAAUUUAUAAUCAGAGAUAGUAGUAGAGAUGCGGUAGAAAAUUUCAUCACACGAGAAAUAUUCAAUUGGCUCAAAAUCGAAACUGUCAAUUUUCCGUCAUCUGAAAAUAAAAUUAACAUAAAUGCACCAACAGUCAAUAGUUCAGCAAA